AUGGCAUCCCUCCGAGGCAUGCAGCAGCCAGACCUGUCGAAGAAGCUGUACAAGCUCAUCAAGUCGGAGAACCACGCCAUCGGCGCUUACGAGACCGCCGGACGCGAGCGCGUCGCUAUUGCUCAGCAGCUCUCCGAGUGGGGUGAAGCUACUAACGAUGAUUCUCUCUCGGAGAUCUCGGACAAGCUGGGCGUCUUGAUGGCGGAGAUCGCGGAGCAAGAGGAUGUUUUCGCACAGUCGCUGGAGGAGUACAGAGGGGUCCUGAAGCAGAUUCGGAAUACGGAGGCGUCUGUGCAGCCCAGCCGAGACCACAAAGCAAAGGUGUCGGACGAGAUUGCCAAGCUGAAGUACAAGGAGCCACAGAGCACUAAGAUUGUCCAGCUUGAACAGGAGCUUGUCCGCGCGGAGGCCCAGAGCUUGGUCGCGGAGGCGCAACUUACCAAUAUCACGCGCCAGAAGUUCAAGGAAGCCUUCGACAUCCACUUCGCCGCCACUAUCGAGCGGGCUGAGAAGCAGAUCAUCUUGGCCAAGCAGGCUCGCCGCAUUCUGAACUUGCUUGACGAUACCCCCAUCGUGCCAGGCGACACGCAUCCAUCCUUUGAAGGCGUCGAGGCCGCUCGCCAAGUUCUCAAUGAUGCCGAAGACGAGCUUCGCAAUUGGCAACCUAAUGUUGAGCCAAUCCACUCCUCUGCUGGGGCUCUCGGGGUGGGGGCGAUGCCUGGA